CAUACCACGCUAUAUUAGUCCACUCUCCACACCGUCGUGUCGCGUUGCCAUUUCCUUAAGAAUUUUUAUUUUUCUCCCGCAUUCGUAGACUAAUAUGGCUUCGUUCGCGUACGUUGUCUUAGCGGCCGUCGGCUUCUGCUUCGUAGUGGCCGUGUCCGGCCAUGAACUGGUGGUCAGCGAGCUGCUGACCUCCGUCGACGGUCCCUUCAACGGGCAUGUCAACGUCCACGUCAACAUUUGUCAGUGUUGUUAUGACGUCAAUGAGAAGGUGCGGGCCCGCGGACGCAGCAUUGUCGUCCAGCCCACCGCCGACAACAAGGCCUUCGGGAAGGAUCCCCGCGUGUCCAUGGAUAUCGAUUACUGCGAGGCGGAGACGCAUCUGGCGGCGGGAAUCGAGAAGAUUGUGCUGGUGGAGAAUGGCCAACUGACCCAAGCCGGUUGUCAAGUGCAGCUGCGCCUGACGAAGAAGGUGGUCGACAACGUGCCCUCCUACGAAGGCAGCAUCCAGUCCUUCACCCUGGGCAGCCAGAACGUGGAUGUGGACGCGCUGCUGCGGGGCCGGUUGAAGUCGUGGAUGACGUGCCGGCUGUCGUACUGUGAUGCCAGCGACACGGCCACCGCCGGCCGCUGCCGGGUGGCGGUGGGCGGGACCAUUGCCGGCCGCCCAGUGCAGUCCGACCUUCUAUGGUUGAUAAUAAAACUAAAUUUUCCUGUGUUACACUGUCGUCAUUCUCAUGUUCCCGCGCAAGCGGAACAUUGCACAAUUUUCAGUUUUUCCGGUGUUGAAAAUUAUUUGCCGGGUUGCGCGUUCAAUUGUACGUAAAAACCUGUUGAGCGACUGUUAUAAGCGAGGGAGUCCCGUGGUUAUGGUUCACUUGAUCACUGGGAAAUUAUAACAAAAACAUGGCAGAAAUGA